CCGGGUGUCCGCCUCCACCUCCCCGUCGCAGCUCGCACCGCCACCUCCCCGAGAGAAAAAAGAGAGACGCACGCGCACCGGGCCCCGCUCGCCGGCGAACAUGGCCGUGUACAUCCGCCUCAACGACGCCGUCCGAGCGCGCCUCCUCGGGGACGCCGCGGCCGGCGCGGGGUGCACAAGCAGCGGCAGCGACCACGACGCCUCCGCCUGCCUCUCCGAGCUCGUGCAGGCGUUCCUCGAGACGGACGCCGGCGCAGCCGAGGAGGGGCCUGGGCCGGCGCCGGAGGGCGCCGGGGGGUACGAGUCCGAUGAUGGGGACGAGCCUGAGCGGGCGGCCGCGGCCGCGGCGUCCGUGAGGGAGCUGCUCGACCCGCCGGCGGAGGAGGACGUGUUCCGGGUCCGGCUGGCCGCCGCGGUGGCGGCGGCCGUGGAGGCGGAGGCGGCGCUGCGGGCGCACGGGGCGGCGUUCCGGCGCGCCGUGGCGCGGCGGCUGCGCGGCGCGGGGUACGACACCGGCGUGUGCAAGUCGCGGUGGGAGGCGUCCGGCGGCAUCACGGCCGGGACGUACGAGUACGUCGACGUGGUCGCCCCCGCGGCGGCGAGGGGCGCGGCGCGGAGCAGGUACAUUGUGGACGCCGACUUCCGGGCGGGGCUGGAGGUGGUGCGCGCGACGCCCGAGUGCGCCGCCGUCGUGGCCGCGGUGCCGGCGUCGGCGGUGGUCGCGCGGGAGGAGUCCGUGGGGCGCGCCGUGCGCGUGGUGUCCGACGCCGCGCGGCGGUCGCUCCGCGCCCACGGCCUGCACGUGCCGCCGUGGCGCAAGACCCGGUACAUGCUCGCCAAGUGGCUCGGUCCCCACAAGCGGUCGACCACCACCUCGCCGGCUGCCGGCGGCGCAAUGCCGAUGACCGGCGGCGCCGGCCUGGACGUCAAGUGCCGCGCCGUCGGGUUUUUUCCGCAUCCGGCCGCGGCGCCGGCAGCGAGGAUCAUGUAACUCGCCCUCACGGCGUUCUCCGGCGAGAUCAUUGAAAACUGUUCUUUGUAGAAAGGAGAGAUUUUUAGUGCGCGAGACUUCCGUUUUGACUUUGAUUUGCUCUCGAACUUUUUGUACAUGAAUUUUUGUUCGAGAUUAUCAGGAGCAAAUUUUUCUUGCACAGCACCUUGCUAAAAAAAAGGCGGCUCGAGAAAUCAUUUA